AUGGUCUUCUCAUUUACUUCGUUUGGUGGAAAAGUAGAAAGAUCUCUAAGAAAAGGUGUUGGGCCAGAGAUGUUUCAAAUGCAAGGAGAAAAUUACUAUCUUUUGGAUAGUUUAAAACCACCAGAUGGUAAAGAUGCCAAAUUUGGACAGAUGUACAUCUGUGAUACUGAAAAUGAAGCUGAGAACAGAGCCAAUUGCUUAAGCCAAGGUAAAAGAAGUUUUAAAUGCAAGAAAAAGGACAACUUGAGGAAAGAAAUUAUUGAAGUUUUGAUGAAAGUCUUAGAUGAAGUGAAUCCAUAUGUUAAGAACUUCAGAUCAGCAGGAGAACGAUUUAAUACUAAUCCUCAAGAAGCUUUUCAUAUGAGGAUCAUUAGUGAUUGUCUAAAGGAUGGCAGAACAUACAACACACCAACAGCAUCAGAAGUUGCAGCUUUGAUUCCUAGAGAUUUUAAUCUUGAUAUGGAUAAAAGGGAUAUAGUGCUUCAGAAACAUUCUGGAAAAUUAAUGAGGAUUAAUGAGAUACAUUCCUCAUAUCUAGCACUGCAGGAUGAGUCGCACACUCUUUUAUAUGCUAGGCGUCUGUUUCAGCAAUUUGUUGUGGAUGCCUUCACAACUAUUGAGUCUAACCGUCUACGAUAUCUCAACUUUAAUCAGUCAACUUUGCGAUCUGAUAGUUAUGACUCUAUCAAACAGUCAGAGACUGCAGGAAAAAUCGAUAUGCAUGACCAAGGAACUGAGUUUGUGUUGCCAGCUUCUUUCACUGGUGGUCCAAGAUAUAUGAAGAACAAUUAUUUGGAUGAUAUGACCAUUUGUAAGCAUUUUGGAUUUCUGGAUCUAGGGCGUACCAGUUAUGAAGACAUUAAAACCUUCAAUGGUGUUAUAUAUCCUGAAUACAAAUAUGCAUGUUUUGCUCGUGGGUUAUUAGAUGAGGAUCAAGAGUACAUUGACGAUAUAGUGAGGAGAAGUUUUGAGAGCUUUGGAAGUGAUCUGCGACAUGUAAACAGUAUAGGAAAAUACUUGGCAGAUUUGUGUGAAGAUAUUGAGCAUAAUCGGCGGAUUUAUUUCAACAGACCAGAACUUUUGUUAAGUGAUGAGGAGAAAAAGAAGUUUGCUUUACAAGAAAUUGAGAAGCAUCUGAGGCGAAAUGGAACUUCUCUUGCAAACUUUACUUCUAUGCCACAACUUCCUCCUACAGACGAUACUGAUUCAAAUGUUCUGAUAUUAGAUGAGCGGAGUUAUGAUCGUCAAGCACUGGUAGAAACUCUUGAUAGAGACGUUCAGAAGAUGACGGAUGAACAGGGGAAUUUUUUUGAUGAAAUUCUGGAUGCCGUGAAUGAAGAAAGAGGUGGAAUGUUUUUUGUUUACGGAUUUGGUGGUACCGGGAAAACUUUCCUUUGGAAAUUAAUAUCUGUAGCUAUUCGUUCUAAAGGAGAUAUUGUUCUUAAUGUUGCAUCAAGUGGAAUCGCCUCUUUGUUGUUACAAGGAGGAAGAACUGCUCAUUCAAGAUUUGGCAUACAACUUAGCCCUGAUGAGUUUUCUUCGUGUACUAUGGCUCCUAGAUCAUAUCAAGCUAAUUUAGUAAAAGAAGCAUCACUCAUUAUAUGGGAUGAGGCCCCUAUGAUGAGUAAGCAUUGUUUUGAAGCUCUAGAUAGGAGCAUGUAUGAUAUUAUGGGGAAGCAUAUAACUACACCUUUUGGUGGGAAGGUUGUAGUGAUUGGAGGUGAUUUUCGACAGCCUAACGAUGGUGAAGCUGAGAUCGAUAUUCCUGAAGAGUUUUUGAAUAUGGAUUCGGAUGAUCCUAAAGAAGCCAUUUGCAAAGCUGUGUAUGGGGAUAAUGCUUCGUUACAAGAAAACAAAGAACCUAAAUUUUUCCAAGAGAGAGCUAUUCUAUGUCCUACUAAUGAAGAUGUCAACAUGAUAAAUGAAUACUUGUUAGAUAAGCUUGAUGGUGAGGAAAAGAUAUACAUCAGCGCAGAUAGUAUUGACCCAAUAGAUAAAAUUUCAAUAGGUGAUGAAGCUCUUGGUCCUGAUUUCCUAAAAACUAUUAAGGUGUUUGGAUUACCAAACCACAGUCUUAGACUCAAGUCUGAGAAGAUCUACAAUGAUGUGGCAGCUCGUAUUGACGAGCGUGAGACCCAGCUGGCGCAGGAGUCCGCCGACGGAUCACCCGUCGUCUUAUCCACAAUAGAAGUGGAUAGAAUUUACGAGGAGGUCGCUCCUAGGAAAAAGGGACGUGUGUUGGGGAUUGGUUCCGUCAACGAUGUUCCGAGAGCGACUUCCUCUUAUGGCCAGAGACGGGAUGAUGAAGUCUCUCAGCUGCGCGACGUGUUGGAGACGACACAACAUCAGCUGUCGUCGACACAAAACGAGUUGGCCUCGACAAAAACGUCGUUCACAUCUCGUAUGAGUGGUCUCGAGAACUUCUUGGACGUCAUAGCGGCCACAAAUCCGGAAUGGGAGGCCAUGUUCAGGACCAUGAAACAACAAAACCCCAUUCCAGGCGAGGCAUCCGUGCAAGUCAACGAGGCAGAUCUCUCGAGAAGGAGCGAGGAAUUCUACGACGCGGCAAUGCAGCAUUAG